UGAUCACACACAUACACACACACACGCACACAUGCGUGCAAUCUCACGCAGGGGGCUCUGACCACACACUCACACUCAGAAUGACACAGCUCUGAUCGGAGGGAGGUGAUCUCUGAAAUUGCUCAGUGAGCACCCCUAAUUUCCCUGAUUCACAAACUGCUGUUAAUCACACCCAAUGGAAUCCAAUCAGAAGGGAAGUGGGGACGGGCUGGCGGGGACGCAGAAAGAGGCCGCUCUUCGGGCGCUCACCCAACGGACAGGAUACCAGCUGAGACAGGAGAACGGUCAGCGGCGGUACGGUGGCCCACCACCUGACUGGGACGGACCACCGCCUGAGAGAGGUAGUGAGAUCUUUGUGGGGAAACUCCCAAGAGAUCUGUUUGAGGAUGAACUGGUUCCAUUGUGUGAGAAGUUUGGUAAGAUCUACGAGGUGAGGAUGAUGAUGGACUUCAAUGGGAACAAUAGAGGUUACGCCUUUGUCACCUUCACCAACAAACAGGAAGCCAGGACAGCUAUGAAGCAGCUUAACAACUACGAGAUCAGGAACGGUCGCCUGCUCGGCGUCUGUGCCAGCGUGGACAACUGCCGUCUGUUUGUCGGGGGCAUUCCUAAAACCAAGAAGCACGACGAGAUCCUAGUGGAGAUGCGAAAGGUCACAGACGGCGUUGUGGACGUCAUCGUGUACCCCAGCGCUGCAGACAAAUCCAAGAACCGAGGCUUCGCCUUUGUUGAGUACGAGAGCCACCGGGCAGCUGCCAUGGCCAGACGCAAACUCCUGCCAGGUCGGAUCCAGUUGUGGGGUCAUCCCAUUGCGGUGGACUGGGCGGAGCCUGAGGUGGAGGUUGAUGAGGAUACCAUGGCAACCGUAAAGAUUCUGUAUGUGAGGAACCUGAUGUUGCAGACCCCUGAAGAAACCAUCGAGAGGGAGUUUAACAGCCUGAAACCAGGUGCAGUGGAGCGAGUGAAGAAGAUCAGAGACUACGCCUUCGUACAUUUCAGUCAGCGAGAGGACGCCAUCAACGCCAUGAACGCGCUCAACGGGAAGGUGGUGGAUGGCUCGCCCAUCGAGGUGACUCUGGCCAAGCCGGUGGAUAAGGACAGCUAUGUCCGGUACACCAGAGGAACCGGAGGAAGAGGAGGCUCGGUUCUGCAGACCGACUACACGGCCUACACUUUGGGACAGGUGUACGAUCCCACUACGGCGUACCUUGGUGCUCCCGUGUUUUAUGCCCCCCAGGCCUACGCCGCCAUUCCGGGUCAGUUCCGUUUCCCAGCAGCCAAAGCUCACGCGGGAGGUAGAGGUCUGAUCAGGACGCCGUCGGUCAGAGAAAUUUACAUGACUGUACCUGUAGGGGCGGCGGGGGUACGAGGGCUGGGUGGGCGGGGCUACUUGGCCUACGCAGCCAUGGGACGAGGGGGUGGAAGUAGCGCCUCCUACGGGCUGAAGGGGGACAAGCAGGCCGAGGAAAAGCUGUAUGACCUGCUGCCGGGGAUGGAGCUGACACCGAUGAACCCAGCUGCCAUGAGCCUCAAGGGCACCGGCAUCAAACCACCGACUCAGGUCCUGGAAGAGCUGUGUCAGAAGAACAACUGGGGUCAGCCCGUCUAUCAGCUCCACUCGGCCAUCAGUCCGGACCAGCGGCAGCUGUUUCUCUACAAGAUCACCAUCCCAGCUCUGGCCACACAGUACCCCAACGUGCACCCCUUCACCCCAGCAAAACUGUGUGCCUCUGUGGAAGAAGCGAAGGUCCACGCGGCUGAACACACCCUGCAGACGCUCGGCCUGCAGACAGAGGGCGCUGCUGACGGCGGCUGUGCUACUGCAGCUGCCGUGGCCCCGGUAGCCUUCCCAGGCUACGCUCUGGCGAGCCUGGGGUCAUCGGGCGUGGCCUCCCAGCUGAAGCAGGCCGUUUCUCUGGGUCAGGACCUAACCGCCUACGCCACCUACGAGGGCUACCCCGCGUUCGCCGUGGCGGCUCGCCACACUGACGGAUACGGCGUUUUCUAAAGCUGCCGUUUCCGGGCACAGAGUUAAACCGUGGAGUUUCGUUUGCGCCACGCUGCUUCGCUCACCCGCACAGGUCGAUUCAGUUUGGAAACGCCAAACACUGUGAACCUGACAAGAAGCCAAAUCUGAUUGCGUCUUUCCUAAAACCAAAAGCGAACUGGUGUGAAUGCGGCAUUCUGUUGCUAUCAGACAGGGAGAUUUAAACUUCCUUUAGCUGAAAACCGGUUCAGUCUCAUCCCAGAUCGCCAGCUGCUGCUGAAAACCUGAUCAGACCCGUCAGUCGCCUCAAAGCAAACUUUUUGUCUGUCACCUGUUUCUGCUCCUCGUUUAAUCCAAAUUAUCUGCUCAUCCACAGUUUGGUUUGUGACACUGAAAACUGCCUCUGAUUGGCUGAUUCGCGUUUUCUGGUUAGGUGUGGCUUAUCUCUAACUAAGACAUUGUACUUUCUGAGUGUCUUCUACUGGUGGUUGCAAUGGCUUUUGGGUUGUUAACUUUAGCUUUUUCUUCAGACCUUUAAAUCGGAUUCAGUUCUAUAAGUUUAAGCCAAAUAAAAUAAAUUAAAUAGGUACUAAACUCUUCUUUUUAACAUCUGUAAUUAGCGGUCCUUACUCUUAUUUUUCAUUUCUGUAAAACUCACAGCGAAGUCCUGAUUUUAAAUUGAAGUCAUCUUUUUUCUGUUCAGCUUUUUAAAAAAGCUCUCAAACCAAGACAUUAGAGUUAUGAAGCUCCACCUGCUGUACCGAUCAUGAUGAUGAUGAUGAUGAUGAUGAUGAUGACUAUAUCUCAUUGGAGGUGCUUUGCAGGGCAGAAACUUUUCCAGAAAUUCUGAUUUAACUAAAAUUUGAAUCUGCUAAUUUCAUAUAUAUAUAUAUAUAUAUAUAUAUAUAUAUAUAUAUAUAUAUAUAUAUAUAUAUAUAUAUAUAUAUAUAUAUAUAUAUAUAUAUAUAUAUAUACUAUGUUUAUUUUGUUGCGUAGCUUUUUUUGACUCCGUCCAACACAACCAAGCACCCACAGGAUGUAAACGAUAUCUGUCACUGUAGGUGUUGCCGUGGUUACAGGCCCGGCAUAUCCAUGGCAACCUCCUGUGCAAAGGGAGGAGCUUUGAGCUAAGACGCCCUACGGAGAAAACCCAUUUCGGCCGCUUGUCUCUGCGAUUAACAAUUGUACAAGUAACUAUUAACAAUAAUUAACAAUUAAUAAUUAACAAUUAUCAACAAUUAACACUUGUAUUUAUAAAAACAAUCUACACUAAAUAAAUCUGCCCUGCUUUGUACAAGUUUGUUGGAGCUUUUUAAAAGCAGACCUUUCAUUUGUGUGGUCUUCUGUUCAGCAGGUUUGUUUCCGCCAAGCGUAAAAACAAUCAGGCAUCUUAUUCGGAUUAAAUUUGUUGUUUCAUUUCUGAUUUUCUUUCUUCUUUUUUUUUCAGCGUUCGUAUUUUCACGCUGGGCGUUUUCUUUUCCUUCCGUUAAUCUGCUGCAUUAGUUAAAACUCACCUCCCCCUCUGGAUCCCUAAAAUCCAGGAGUUGGCUUUCAUUCACAUCCACAGCGUUUUCAUGAUAGUUUAAAAGUAAAAAAAAAAAAAAUGGAUGAUAUGGUGUCGGAUCUCAACAAUGCUCCAGGGUAUCUUGUUUUUUUUUUUUUUUGUUUUGUUUUGUUUUUGUUUUUUUUCUUUUGGGUAAAAGCAGCUGCUGAUAGUAGCAGUUUUAACUUUUACUUCUUCUACUCGACUGAAGGUUUUGCGGAGAUCUCGGAUCAGAUGACACGAGUUGGCGUCCGAGCUGUGAACAUGCCGAAGCAGAGACAGUAUUAAAGUGUGCGAAGCACUUAGAACUUAUUUUUGUACGUGGAAUCAGAUGAACUAUCCAGACGUAUUUGUACAGAGGUAUUUUUAACUUGUCUUUGCUGCCGUAAUUGACUUGGGAAGAAAAAAAACCAUGCGACGCUGAAUCAGAACCCGAUCUGUGACGAGAGAAGAAAAUUGUGGGCAUUCUAAGAAACCGUUGUGAAAUAUUAUCUUUUAUUACUUCUAAUCUGGAUGGAUGAAAUAAAGAAUUAACAUAUA